AACCACUCAUAUGUUAUCUUGUUUAGGUACUGUGUAUCUUUCGUUCUUCACACCUUUUCUCAAAUAUCUCUUUUAGUGAUUUUGAAGAUCUGCCAUUGAAAGCUUUCAGGUCAUAACCGCAAAGUAUAGAAAUGAGAAUUCAGUAGAUAUGGCUCAUGCAAGUGUGGCUUCUCUUAUGAGAACAGUAGAAUCGCUCCUGACAUCCAAUUCACCGAUGCAAUCUCUAAUCCGUGAUCACAGAGAAGAACUUUGCGCUCUUAGUGAAAAAGUUAGUUCCCUGGAAGUAUUUGUUAAGAACUUUGAGAAAAACAAUGUUUCUGGGGAAAUGACGGAUUUUGAAGUAGAGGUAAAAGAAGUUGCAAGUGCUGCUGAAAACACAAUUCAACUGAGACUAACAGAAACUGUACUGGGAGAAAAUAAAAGCAUCAGAGGAAUCAUUGGCACAAGAUUUUUCAAAGGAAUCUCAAUAUAUGGACACUCAGAAAGUUUCAUAAAAGCUUUCGACAAUUAGCAAAGGACAUUGAUCAUGUCCGGAAAGAGUCAACAAAGAUUCAAGAUAAAGGCAAACAGGCAUCAAAGGAAUUAUUGGUUCAUGAUUUUUCAAGUUCAACAGACGAUAUUCUGAAUGUUAACAAUAAUAUGGUUGGAUGUGAUGAUCAAAAGGAACGCUUGUUAGAAGAUCUGAUUGGAAGCUACUCUGGUGAACCCAAAGUCAUCCCGAUUGUCGGGAUGGGAUAGGUAAAACAACCUUAGCAAAAGAAGUUUACAAUCAUGAAUCUAUUCUACUCCGUUUUGAUGUUCGUUCCUGGGCUACUGAUCUCAACAGCACAACAUAAAGGAAAUUUUGCAGACCCUUCUAAAAUCGACGAUUAAAAUGGAUGACACGGUUAAGACGGAAGUUGAAGCAGAGCUAGCAGACAUGCUGCAAAAAAGUUUAAAGAGAAAGAGGUACUUAAUUGUCUUAGAUGAUAUCUGGAGUGUUGAAGUGUGGGAUGGCAUGAGCCGAUGCUUUCCAACUGAUGAAAAUGUAGGGAGUCGAAUACUGUUGACUACCCGUAACAACGAAGUAGCUCGCAAUGCGGGUACAAAGAAUCUUUCUAUGCAGAUGAACUUCAUGGAUCAAGAUGAGAGUUGGAACCUUUUUAAAAGUGCAGCAUUUUCAAAUGAAGCAUUGUCAUCUUUGUUUGAGACUAUUGGGAAGCAAAUCGCAGAGAAAUGUUACGGGUUACCACUAACUAUUGUCGUGGUUGCUGGGCUUCUUAAAUCUAAAAGGGCAAUAGAAGAUUGGGGAAGUGUUUCCAAAGAUGUCACGUCACUCAUCACAAAUGAUCCUGAUGAACAAUGUUCACAUGUGCUUGGGUUGAGUUACAAUCACUUGACUAGCGAUCUAAAAACAUGUCUUCUGCAUUUCGGAAUUUUUCCAGAAGACAGUGAGGUACCAGCAAAGAGAUUGGUGAGAUCAUGGAUGGCUGAGGGGUUCCUGAAGUUGGAAAAUGAUUUGGAAGGAGAGGCUGAGAAGUGUUUGCAGGAGCUUGUCGAUAGAUGUCUAGUCCUCGUCUGCAAGAAAAGUCUAGAUGGAACAAAAAAUAGAUCAUGUAAGGUUCAUGAUAUAAUAUAUGACCUGUGCGUGAGAGAAAUUCAAAUGGAGAACAUUUUUAUCAUGAAUGACAUUGUGCUUGAUUACUCAUAUUCAGAUUCAGAACGUCGAUAUCUCACUAUGCAAAAAAUGCAGCCCUUUAAACGCGUGACUGGUGAUAAAAUUGAUUAUUGUCCCCAUGGUCUUUAUAGGGCUCUUCUUACCCCUGUACAUCAUCAGUUGGGAGAUCAUGACAACAACGAUCUUAUUAAACGAACCCGUUCUAUUUUCUCUUUUCAUCUUAAGGAUUCAUUUUUUGUUCUCAAAUCAGAGCUUAUUCAUUUCAAAUUACUCAAAGUCUUGGAGUUGAGAAACAUAGAUAUGGAUCAUUUCCCUGUACAGAUUCUAAGCCUAAUCUGGUUGAGGUACCUAUUAUUGCAUUUCUGUAAGAAAGUAGACAUACCUCCAGAAAUUUGAAGGUUAUGGAAUCUGCAGACAUUCAUUGUUCAAGGGCCUAGUCUAUGGAAAAUAACUUUUCCUGAGGAAAUUUUGGGACUAAUGCAAUUAAGGCAUCUCGAACUGCCCGAAUUUUAUCUGCCUAAUCCCCCAAGCGUAUCUGCUGACAAAGGGAGUCACAUGGGUUUUUCAACCAUACAAACUAUUUCUUACUUGUCUCCAUGUUGUUGCACGAAGGAGUUUAUUAUGAGGAUUCAGAAGGUCAAAGAAUUAGGAAUCAGUGCAUAUCAGAUUGACUCUGAUGGGCUGCCUCUCAACAACCUUGUCCAUCUGUAGCAACU